GCUUUCCUGAUCCCACCUAUUUUCCCAGCUUGGUACGGGUGCGGGGGCGCUUUCUCGCUCCCCGUUUUCACCAUGCCAUGGCGGACCUCUCCGCGGUCUUGGAGGUCUUGCGCCAGCGGCACCAGCCGGAUUUGCAAGCCUGGGGCUGUGCGGCCUUGCGAAAUCUCACCCAGGAGGGUAGCGUGGAGUUUCGCGACAAAGCCUUGGAGGCCGGCGCGCUGGAGUUGGUCCUCACUGCCCUUCAGCGACAUAUCUCCAUCGCGCAAGUUCAGGAGUGUGGCUUGGCGGCGCUCAGUGGCUUUGCGCGAGCCUUUGAGGCCGAAGCGCCGAAGGGCAUGGCUGCCUGGGGCCGACGGCCAUCGCAGGGGCUGCAGGCAGCCCUCCUGGCGAUGAAGGAGCACCCGCAUGAGCCUGAAGUCCAACGCUGGGCUUUGGCCGCGCUCGGUGAGCUCCUCCGCUGUGAGAAGAUGGUGGAAGAGCUGUGGCAGUCGAGCCACUUCCUUCGCUACACCUCUUUGGCCUUGGAGCGGCAUGCCUCGGCUGCUCAAGUGCAGGCUGCGGGCAGUGCCUUUCUCGGGCGCCUGGCGUUGAAGAGUUCCGCGCAGCAGGUGUCGACAGUUGAUAAGACCACGCGGGGCCUCCUCUUCAACGCCAUGGAGGAGCACUUGAAAGCAGUGGAAGUGCAAGCGUGCGCGGUGAGCGCCUUGGGUGCUUUCGUCUUGAGGGGUGCCCACCGGAAGUCCAUGGUGGAGAGCCGUGGGCCGCAGCUGCUGCUGGAAGCCAUGCGGCAGCACCCGAGCUCUGAGCCUGUCCAGGAGAAGGGUGCGAAUGCCCUGCGGUUGCUCGUCAAGGACAGCCCAGAAGCGCAGGCCCUGCUACUGAAGCUGGGCGCCGCUGAGGUCUUGGUCCACAUUUGCCAAGUGCACCUUCCGAGCCUCGGUGCUUUGUCCGCCGCCCUGCAUGCACUCAGCGUGCUCAGCCGGCCCUGGCGGGCUGAGCAGCCCGAGCCCUGGAGUUUUGCAGAGGUGCCGGCAAAGACACCGAGCUGCUGUAAGCCUGAGAUUUUGCUUGCCACACUCCAACGAUGCCCAGAGAGCAAUUCCAUCCUGGAGCCCGGAUUGACCCUGCUUUGGGGCUACCUCGCCAAGGAACCCAGCGCCUCCUCCGUGGAGUGCGCUCGCAGUGCCACCGCGGCCCUUCGUGUGCCGACAGCCUCGGCCCAAACGCUCGCCGCGGCCGGCGGCGUGCUGUGCGUCACGGGGGCGGAGGCGGUGGAGUCGCCAGGAGCAGUGGUCAAGCUCUUGUUGAAAGCGCAAAUGGCACACCCAGACCAGCGGAUGCUGCAGGAACGUGCUUGGGAGGCAGUGCUUAUGCUGCUCAGAGCUUCGGAAAGCCUCGACGAGGUGCAGGGAAAGCUCUUGCGGCACUUGGUUCAGGCCAUGAUGCAGCACCAAGGACCUUUGCAGUGGAUUGGGUGCGACAUCAUGACCCUGUUGUGCUUGCCAGACGCUCCCAAUGCAGCGGAACACCGGCAGCUGCUGAUGCAAUUGGAAGCACCUCGUUUGGUCGCUGAAGCCAUGAAGAAGAACCUCCCAGUGCCAGAAAUGCAGGAUUCAGGCUGCGCCACGCUGCAGUGCUUGGCGCUGGAUCAGGUGAACGAAGGUGAGUUGGAGCAGUUGGAAGAUGUGACGGUCGAGGCCUUGCUGCUGUCCCUGGAGGCGCAACCGCACUUCCAGGCAGCGCAGACUCGCGCGUUGGAUCUUUUGUCCUCCUUCGCUCAACACGCACGCUGGACGCUGGCACGGCCGCGGGCUGCGGAGUUGGCGGUGGCCGCCUUGAAACGGCAUGCGGAGGACGCCACCCUGGUGGAGAUCGCUUGCCGUUUGCUUUGGCGACUGCUGGAGGGCGAGGUCUCCGAGCCCAUGGACCGCAUUGCUUGCACCUUGCUGGACCUCCUUGAUGAAGCUCCGAGCCUCAGCACAAGGACCUUCCUUUUACAUCUGGCAAAACGAAGUGACGACGUGGCCACCAGGGUUCUGGCCGCCAACGGGGCGCAGCCGGCCGCAGAGGCCGCUGCGCCGCCCUUGCUCAGCUUGCAGCUGAUGGAGCGUUUGGCACAGCGGCGCUCGCUGCGCCCGGCACUGCGGCGGGUGGGCGAGCUGUGGCGGAAGCUGCAAGAGGCCCUCUCAACGGCCGAGGAUGAUGAGGGCGCGGCGAGGACGCCGACGCCCAUCUCCCUGUGUGUUUGCGGCUGCGCUCUGCUUGGCCGCUUGGCCUGCGAUGGGGAGGCUGCUGCAGCGCAGGCGUCCGUGGAGCUAGAGAGGCUCAUGAAGCAGAUUGAGGCAAGCGAUGAUGUAGAACUGCAAUCAUGGGGCUUCUUGGCCCUUCAGAACCUCCUUUGUGGCUCCACCUCCGACGCCCAGCUGCGGCGCCACACGGCCGUCCGGCUCCAGCUGGCCUCCGAGCUGCGGAGGGCCGUCGGCCCGGCGGAGGCGCAGAGGGGUAGAUUGGAGACAAUCUUGAUGAUGUGCUUCCAAAACCUGGUGGAUUGCAUCGAGCUUCAGGAGCUGCAGGAGUGUUAUGGAGCUGAUGAGGUGUUGGCGUUGCUGCUUCGGGCCUUGGGUACCCAGUGGGCCUUGGAAGUGCGUGAGCGCGCGUGUUUCUUGUUGUGCUUCCUGGCGAACCGCAUGCCGAAGGUCAAAGAUACCUUUCUGGAAGGCGGAGAGGCGCUGGAGACCUUGUUGCUGGAGGCGCUGAAAGAUCACCUGGCACUGGAGGAGGAUCCCGAGGUGGAGCUCCGGGACGAGCUGCUCUUUGAGCUUUGGCUGCCGGCGGCCUUCGUGGGGCGCCUUGAGCAGCCCUGUCACGUGAGGGCCAUGGAGGUGUGCUCCCCAGAGCUGCUCUUGGAGGCCAUGCAGGCGUUGCCCUUGUGUGCCGCCCUUCAAGUCACCAGCUGUGGCGCUUUGCGGCGCUAUGCCAUGACGGCCACCGCGGCGCGUGCCGCGCACGCGGCUCCACCCGGCCGCCGGGUGGCGGCCUUGGAGCAGCGCUUGGCGCGCAGCACAGCGGCCACGAUGGACGCCAUGCGGAGCCAUGAGAAGUGCGCGGAGGUGCAGCGUGCCUCGGUUCUGGCGCUGCAUGCCUUGCUACGGCUCUCCUGCAGCCUUGAAGGGGAAGACGUCGCAGUGGAGCGCCUGGUGAGCCUCGAAGCAGUUCCCAUUCUGCUCCGUGCCUUGCAAGAUUUCCCCGAGGAUCCUCAAUUGCAAGAACGUGGGCUGGACGCGCUCCGCGUGUUGGCCACCCGCCGUGCCGACGUCACCGAGCUGCUGUGCGAGCUGAAGGCUGUGCUCCCAGUGGUUGAAGCCAUGAACCUGAACAUCUUCAAGCCGAAGAUUCAGGAGUACGGCCUCUCAAUUCUUGCAGAGAUUGCUUGGCAAGGAGGCCGUGAGCAGCAGAUGGAGGCUUUGAAGAACCUGGGAGUGGAGGCCGUGGUCCGUGCGUUGAAAGCCUUUCCCCAAAGUGGGGAAGUGCAGACCAGCGGCCUGGCUGCUGUUCAAGCUAUGACCUCUGAGAAUGAGGAGUGCCGCGUCCAAUUCUUUGCCCUCUCAGAGAUCUUGGAGUUGGUGCUGGAGGCGAUGGGGAAUUUUCCUUUGUGUGAGGGGGUGCAAGCGUUCGGCUGCGCCGCGCUGAUCUCCUUGGUUCAUACCAAGCCGGAGCGUGUGGGCGCGCUGGCGGAUUUGAAUUGUACUUCGAUGGUCGAAAGUGCCAUGGUGGGACAUCCCAAGUCAAAACGAGUGCUGGAAUUAGCAGAUCAUUUGAUGACGGUUCUGAGGAAGGGCGGAGGAAGAUGAGGAUCGGCCUGGGAGGUUUGGGCCGUUGUUUGGGCC